UCAUCCAAACCGGUUGAACUUCCGUGCGACUGUUCUCCAUCGAUUUUCUCGACCGUCCCAAACUUCAAAAAAUCCCGAAGAUCAUACUCCUCUACCAUAUAGUUUCUCUAAGGUAUGUCCCAUUACUUUUAUCGGAGGUCGUCGCAAGCACGAGGAGAACAGAAAAGAAAUUUGCUCAAGCCUACCUUACGCGGCGUCAAAUUUGUUCAAUCCCUCGCCACAUACGCAGAGUAGUUCUCUGCUGACUGCAUCAGUGACCUCAACAAGUACGACGGGGACAGCCACGGCUCGUCGACAUAAAGGGUGGGUGUGCCAACUGCAAGAGGCCCAAGGAAGAGGAAGAGAGGAAGGAAGCAAAGAACAGGGAAAGGAAGAUGAGCAACACUGGCACAGCCCCCCUCCUCACCCCAUACAAGAUGGGAAGAUUUGAUCUUUCCCACAGGGUAGUUCUUGCACCAUUGACAAGGGAGCGAUCCUUCGGAAAUGUUCCUCAGCCUCAUGCCAUAUUGUAUUAUCAACAAAGAGCAACCAAAGGAGGCCUUUUGAUUGCUGAGGCCACUGGAGUUUCAGACACUGCUCAAGGGUACAAAGAUACUCCUGGCAUUUGGACAAAGGAGCAGGUGGAAGCAUGGAAGCCAAUCGUUGAUGGGGUUCAUGCAAAAGGAGGGAUAUUUUUCUGUCAAAUUUGGCAUGUAGGAAGAGUCUCUAAUCAUAAUUUUCAGCCUAAUGGGCAGGCUCCAAUUUCAAGCACCAACAAGCCACUAAAACCUGUAGUGAGAGCAAAUGGCAUCGUUGUCGCUACUAUCUCAACUCCUAGGCGACUAGAGACGGAUGAGAUCCCUUUGGUCAUCGAUGAUUUCAGGAUCGCUGCUAGAAAUGCAAUUGAAGCUGGGUUUGAUGGUGUUGAAAUCCAUGGAGCUCAUGGUUAUUUGAUUGAUCAGUUCUUAAAGGACCAAGUCAAUGACCGCACUGACAAGUAUGGUGGGAGCUUAGAGAAUCGCUGCCGUUUUGCCCUAGAAGUAGUCCAAGCUGUAGUUGAUGAAAUUGGAGCUGAUAAGGUUGGGAUAAGGCUCUCGCCUUUUGCAAGUUACUCGGAUGCAUCAGACUCGAACCCAGAAGCUCUAGGCCUGUACAUGGCACAUGCACUGAACGAAUUUGGAAUUCUUUAUUGUCACAUGGUGGAACCACGGAUGGUGAAUAUUGGUGAAAAGUUUGAAACUCCACAUAGUCUUCGUCCCAUAAGGAAUGCUUUUAAAGGAACAUUCAUCGUAGCUGGUGGAUACGGGAGGGAGGACGGAAAUAAAGCAAUCUCUGAUGGCUAUGCUGAUUUGGUUGCCUAUGGACGCUUGUUUUUGUCCAACCCUGACUUGCCUCGGAGGUUCGAAAUAGAUGUUCCUCUCAACAAGUACAAUAGAGAUACCUUCUACCUCUCUGAUCCAGUUGUUGGAUACACUGAUUACCCAUUUCUGUCGUCCGAUGUCUAAAUGGACCUUCCGGAAUGAGUUUGCCCUGCUCAUCAGAGCAUCUAUCUUAUGUAUCAGUAGUGUUAAAGGAAUAAAUUUAUUGAUUUGAAUGGUCAUGUGUAAAAAAAGAAACCGAAAAGGGACUUAAGAAGUUAUUCAUUUAUUGCUAAGUAGCUUUGUUUUGGUGCAA